CAUAACAUAAUUGCAUAAAACCGUAGAUUUACUGCUAUUGCGGCAUUCCUACACAAGAUUAGCUCAUUUUAUCUAAUAGAAGCAACAAGUUAGCACCAACCACCAGUAUGUUAAACAAAUCAACGCAACUAAUGGGCACUCUAUGGAGACGUUCGCUCGUCACCUCUCAGGUGCUAAGACAAGCAAUAAAAAACCAUCAGCCAAACAACUUGGAAAAACGGUUUCUUGUUUGGUGUGGAAAAUAUAAGACUGAAGCUGAUGUACCAAGCUUUGUAAGUCAGGAUGAAAUGGAACGUUGUCGCAAUAAAAUGCGUAUACGUUUAGCGAAUGUAAUGAUUGGACUCACUAUCGUGGGAUGCGCCAUAUCUGUGUAUAGCGGUAAACAAGCAGCUAAACGAGGGGAUUCGGUGACCAAGCAGAAUCUGGAAUGGCAUAAGCAAUUCAAUGAGGCUGUUGCCGACUCAACCGCAACCUCAAAGUAAUGCCAACAAGAAAGAAAUCGUGAAGAAAGCCAAGCUCUGCUCCGAGUACUCAAAUUCUUGUUAAUUAUAUUUUUUUGCAAGUGGCUUGUUUAUAAUGGGCUCCUUUAACGUUAGUUGGAUAAUGUAAUCUAAAAAUGAUCCUAGUACCCUCUGUCAUUAUCCCAUUAUAAGCAUUGGCAAAUUGUUUUAGACCCCUAAAGUAGUUUGUAUUUGUCACUCAAAUAUAUUUUUGCACACAGCAUGUCACAAAAUAUGCAUAACAUUUAAAUUUCGCAAACCGUCAAAAAUAUUAGCCACCGACGAGAAUUGGUAUCAAUCAGCAAAAGAAAUCCAGUUGUUGUUGAUAGCUAGUGUUAGUUUAGAGAAUAUAUCAUUGCUAUUUUUGUUUUUUAA